GAAUCAACCCCGGCUGCUGGUGCUGGAGCUGAUUGAUGAUACUGCGACGCUUUCGGUCGCGCUUUCUGCUUCUGCUGCACCACCCCGACACACUCCUACGCCGUGUUCCGCCUACGCCGUUCCUUCGCAAGUCUCCGCUAGCCAGGUCGGGUAUGAUGCGCCGGACGGAAUUUAGUGCAGGCACGGCAUGGGCAGCAUGUACCUUCCACGUUUCUGACCUAGGUAUGUUCUCACAUCAUCAUCGUGCCUCUCUCUCCUGUGUAUACCACACAACCUUGAAACCCUUUCGUUCCGGCGCGGUGCACCGUCGUCAUCCUUUUUGCAGCCGUAUUCGUUAGUGUCUGGUAGCCCAUCGAUUCGUGUGGGCUGUCCUCUCACACUGCUCGCGCGCACACGUCCACGCUAUCACCACUUGCAACCCACCCACGCCCGCCUGUCCUACUCCUGCUUAUGACUAUAGUCCAAUGUUAUAUACAUAUCCUUUCUGGUUCCCUUUCGCG